AUGGCUUCCUUUAGAUAUGCGACUAAGAUAGGGCGCCUGAUUGACCACUUGGCCGUUGAAGAUGUUGCCUUAAUUGGGGUUGAAAGAGAUAGAACCGAAGCGCUACCUAGUCGCAAGACUGAAUGGUUGAGCGGCAAAGUCGCCUACCACAAGAAGCUGCGCGGAGGUGUGCACUUCAUAGACCAGACCCCCAAGAGUGCUACUGGCAAGUUUCUACGACGAGUACUGAAGGAGCAGGCGAAGAAGGAGGCUACUUCCAAAGCCAAAUUAAAACAUGAUACAUGGAAUGGCUACGAGCACUAA